AUGCUGGGGCCGUCUGCAGCAGCCCAGGUUGCCCGUGAGGAGCCCAAGCCCGAGCCCGAGCUCGAGCCCGAAUUACCCAGCGGGAAGCCCGUCCUCGUUCUGAGUUCCAUGUCCCGCUCACUCGUCGCCUCCGACUUUUACCGCUGGGCACCCCAGGGUCGUCACGUCGCCGGUUGGGCGGGCGGCAUUUCCAAAGUUGUGCAGUCGGUUUCUCCCGUCACCAGAGAGCCCCGCGGCCAGUACUUCCUCUUCUUCGACACGUGGGACGCCGCCUACCGCUGCAGGGACCAGUUUAGAAAAGCCUACCAGCUCACAAACAAGAACGAAUCUCCAGGCCAGCUCAAGACACCACCUGCGCUGAAAGGCCCGACAAGCUUCUCGACCUGCGCGGCGCGGUUGCGCUCGUCCAUGGCCCGCGGCGAGACGAUGGUGACCGUCUUCCUUUCCUUCCUCGAUUGCUCCGGCGAGGCCUGCGGGGGCGGCUCGAAGCUGGCCCUGGACGGUGACGGGAGAUACGCGGGCGAGGUGUUGGAACGCGUGAGGCCGCGAGGGGGCGCCAGUGAUGUUUGGGAGGCCAUUCCUAUUCCCGUGGCGGCGAUGCUCCCCGACUGCCGGUUAGGUGUCUGCGGGAAGAGGGUGAACGCAGGGGACUUCAUGGGCUGCGGCGAGGUGGCUCUGCGUGGCUUCGUCUUGUCCUGUUCUUCGAGAUGUUCUAUCCUGUCACUGAUGGUCUUGAGCUUCUCUAGUGUUGCUUGGCGCCGUUCCAACAACGACGACUUAGUCCCAUUCGGGUUCAAUACGCCACUAAACAUGACACUAUACCGCUCCAGCCUGAUGUCCGGGAUGUCGAUGUUGAGCAACCCGGCACCGCCCGUAGAUGUGGAGGGAAUGGGUGCCGAGACGACCGGCAUGUUUGGUUGUGGAACCACGGCGUCCGCUUGUGACAUUGUCAUGGACCUGAUGACGAUGGGUUUGUGCUUCGGCGUCUUCCUUCCGGCAACAGUGUUGCUUCUGGCUGGGGUGGACGAAUCAUUGGAUACGUACGGCGUUGAGUCUUGGGUUGGGCUCCCCAACGCCAUUCCGAUUUGGAUUUCCCCGGAAGCCGAAGAUUGGGGUGUAGGCAGCAUGGCGGGAGGCGACAUGGCGGACGACGGAGAUGCCAUCCGUGACCUGUGGGGACUGGGCUCCGGUGCGAUGUCGUCCUUGGACAGCCUAUUGUCCAGCCUAGACUUCGUGGCGCCCGAUUUGCUGGAGCCAGGCCCUGAAGAUGUGCUGGGUCUCGCUGGCAUGCUGAGCGGCGCUGUGUUGUUGGGUGCGCCGGCGAUGUUUCUCGAUGGCGGGGGAGGGAGAGGGCGCGUCGAGAUAAGGGUUCCUCCCUCCGGAAAACGUGACGGGGGGGAUGUCGGCAUUUUGAAGUGGGUGUCGGUUCCGUCUGCUGGCAUCCUGUGGAUGCAGGGUAAGAUCUGA